AUGUUCAAAACUCUUCAAGAACAAAAGUUUGAUGUGAUAAUUAUAGGCGGUGGUGUCGCAGGAUCAUGUUCAGCUAUAAGACUAUCACAACUAUUUGAAUCGACGCUACCGGAGGCGGCUUUUCGAAAAAUUUCAAUAAUCGAAGAAAAAAAAGACUUUGGAACCUUUAAAGUUGGUGAAUCUUUGCCAAGUGAGGCGAAACCCUUACUUCAAUCUUUGGGUGUUCUCGAUAAAAUAAUUAAUGAUGUAGAGCAAGGAAAACAUCUACAUUGUUUUGGGAAUACAUCCGCGUGGGGUUCUAAAGAAUUACAUGGUACUGACAGCAUAUUCAAUCCGUAUGGCAGUGGAUUUCACCUUGAUCGAUCUUUGUUUGAGGAAACUCUAUUGAACGCGGCGGAAUCUCAAUUUGGAAGAUUUGUAACUGUACUUCGUGGAUUCAGUGUAAUUGAAUUAUCUUUCGGCAAAGAGAUUAAUAAUGAUGAUAUUUACUGGAAAGUCAUGACUUUACCAACACAAGUUCCAAAUCCAAUUUACGGCAAAAUUCUGAUAGAUGCGAGUGGUCGUCGUUGUUGUAUUAGAAAAUUUAAUCCAAAUUUAAAACGUUGUUCAUUUGAUAAAUUAUUGUCAUUUGCAUGUUUAUUUGAAUCAACACCAAAAACUUGCAAAGACAUUCCAACAAAGGACACUGGUAGUCAUACCUUACAAAAAAUCAGAAUGAUCGAUGAAUUUAGAAAAUUAUUAAAAGAAAAUGCUAGUUAUAUAAAUCAAUGUAUUAAAGAUUAUGAGUACCACCCAAUAGGAAACAGAAUUUGGUGUCUUGCAGCGAAUUCUGAAGCACUUUCUUCAUUUGGAAUAUUAACAGCUUUAUACAAUUCAAAAAUUGGUGCUGAAGCUGUAUUCUUUCAAUUUUUUCAUAACAAAAGAAUUAAAAUGGAAAUAAAUCAGAAUACCUACUCCGAAAAAUCUAAAAAUUCAAUAAAUCAACAAGAUGAUAUAGAAAUCCAACCAAUAGAAAUUUAUCAACAAAAGAUGAUGAAAACUUUAAAUGAUUAUAGAAAAGUGAAAAAUUAUUUUUAUUGUAAGGAACAGAGAUGGCCUGAUGAAAUAUUUUGGACUAGAAGACAUUUUGAGAAUAUUGAUAAUACUAACAUGUCAGAAUAA